AUGCCCUCCGGAUUUGAUCAGCUCACCAAACUUCAAAUCUUGUCUAAUUUUGUUAUAGGGGAAGGAGAUGGACAUCUUAUUAGAGAAUUGAAAAAUUUGUCAAGCCUUAGAGGUAAUUUUUGUCUUUCCGGAUUGGAGAAUGUUAAUGGUCAAGAUGCCAGGGAAGCUAAGUUAAAUGAGAAGCUAGGGAUUGAUGGGUUAGUACUGCAAUGGGGUGCAGACUUGGCGAAUAGUACAAGGAAAAAAAGAGUUGAAGAGCGAGUGUUGGACUUUCUUCGUCCUCCGAAACAGAUUGAGCAACUCAUUAUAGAGAAUUACGGGGGUGUAAAAUUCUCGUCUUGGAUAGCAGAUUCUUCCUUCGAGAAUUUGUCGUCUUUGAAGCUUCGCAAUUGUAAAAACUGCAAAUCACUACCAUCAGUUGGAAGGUUGCCAUUGUUAAAAGAUCUUUCAAUUAUUGGUUUCGAUCAAGAGUGGGACGCUUGUGAAGGAAACGAGAAGGUUUUGAAACUCCCAAGUCUUCGUGAGCUUUCAAUCAAAACCUGUCCUCAAUUGUUGGGAAGGUUGCCUACCCAUCUUCCUUCCUUGCAAAAACUUGAAAUUCAUGGCUGUACGAGUUUGGUAGUUUCAAUAUCAAGUUUCCCGUCACUGUGUGAAUUAAGUACAGAAGGGUGUGCAGAACUGGUGGAUGAUUGCUCUUCUCCUGCAAAGGAGGUUUCCUCUUUGCAAACUUUAUCUCUUUCUAACAUUUCAAAGUUUAAUAUUCCAGCGGAUAGGACAAUGUUGAGGUUUGGAAACUCAGAACAUUUUGAAAUUCAUGGUUGGGAGGAGUUGGCAUCUCUGUCACAGCAUGGGUUGAGUUUAGUUGGACAUCGUUUCAUUUUCGUUUGGCGUUGUCCUCGACUGCAUUCUUUGGAAGCCGAUGAAGCCGAAUUGCAACCUAACAAGAUUUCACGUGUUGAAUCUCUGAACAUAGCUUCUUGUGAUAGGCUCAAUAGAUUGCCACAAGUCCUACAUGACCUCACAUUCCUUACAGUGAUGAAAAUUGGUAAUUGUCGAGGCUUGGUUUCUUUUGCAGAGAAUAACUUACCUCCUAAUUUAAAAAAGCUGAAGAUUGAAGACUGUGAGAAUUUAGAGUAUUUGGUUGAUGAAAAAGAAGAUAAUAAGAGUACGAGUAGUACCCUCUGUCUUCUUGAGGACUUGGAAAUAUUUGAUUGUCCAUCUCUAAUGUCUUUGUCAUCGAAGGGGCACAAAAAUAUUUGCAAUCAGCUUCAAUUUCUCCAAAUUACUGAAUGCUCAAAGCUGAGUUGCCUAUUUUCAAACACCAAGUUUCCCAUAACGCUUAAAUAUUUGAGAAUUUCGAGAUGUCCAAUGUUGGAAUACAUAGCCCAGGAGUUUGAGGAAACAACUUGUCUUGAAUCUAUUGAAAUUGCAUUUUCUGGAAUUAAAUCUCUACCACGAGGACUUGACAAGCUCAUCUAUCUCCAGAAGAUUUUGUUGUAUUCGUGUUCAAAUUUGGUUUCUUUUGAAGAAAGUGGGUUGCUCACCACCAGCUUCAGAGCUUUCGAAGUUGGUUACUGUGGAAAUUUUGGAGCCCUUCCUAAGAGCAUGGCCCGCAUCACCUCCCUUGGACGAUCAAGAGUGCACAACUGUUCGGCUAACAUAUCAUUUCCAUCGGAGGGAUUCCCUGCCAAUCUCACAUCACUUAAAAUCUCAAACGCACCCAAAACUUAUAGGUCACUUGUGGAAUGGGGAUUAAAUAGACUCACCUCUCUUCAAGCAUUGACCAUCGGAGGUGGAGGAUGCUCAAACGUUGUGUCGUUCCCAGAAGAAGGGAUUGGAAUGAUGUUGCCUCCUUCUCUCACCCGUAUCAAGCUUUUCAAAUUUGAGAACCUGGAAUUCAUGUUAUCCGAGGGCUUUCAAGACCUCGCCUCUCUUAAAGAAUUGGUGAUCGAUAAUUGUCCCAAGCUCACAUCUCUUCCGGAAAAAGACAUGCUUCUCUCGCUUGGAAGUUUAUGUUUUUACAGGUGUCCGUUGCUGAAAGAAGAGUGCUCAAGCGAUAAAGGACGAGAGUGGUCUAAGAUUUCCCACAUACCCCUUGUUCAAAUUGAUUUUAUAAGUGUCAUCCCAGGGGAAUCAAAUUGA